CAAGCGUGCUUCGUACUAAGACGACGCGAGAACUCCAUAACAUCGCCUUGUAAGGGCUCGCGCGAUACGCAGUAGCAGCAAGUAAAUUUCAACGUUGACACUGCCUGUCCUGGUCUUUCCUCUCAAACAACCAUGUCUCUCCCGCCUUCCAACACAUCUUUGGCCUACUCAUUGCCAUCCGCCACCCCACACCUUACUCAUACACCUCUAAAGCCUCCCACGCCAAAUCAACUCAUCGUCAAAGUUCUCGUUGCAGCAGUAAAUCCCUGCGACAUUCAGCUAUGGCACAGUCCGCUUGUAGGCUUGGGCCGAUUGGGACGCGAGGGGACGAUGGGAUGGGAUUAUUCCGGCAUAAUCGCGGCUGUUGGAGACAAGAUGAAGGGAAAUUGGGAAGCCGGGGAUGAAGUCUUUGGCAUGUGUGAGGGGCCUGCUGCACGGGGUACAUUCACUAAGUACCUCACCGUCUCAGACAAAGCUCCUAUUGCGCGGAAACCAAAGGGUUGGACCUUUGAAGAAGCAGCUUCCGUUCCGCUUGUGACGCUUACGGCGUUUGCGUGUUUGGACCGAUUGCCGCCUCUCAAGCCGACUGCCGCCCAGCGAAGGAUUGUCGUAGCAGGUGCCAGUGGUGGUACUGGAAUGUGGUGUAUACAGUUGGCAAAGAAGGUGUACAACUGCCACGUCGUAGCGAUCUGCUCAGGCCGCAACGCAGAGUUCGUGAGGGGACUCGGUGCAGACGAUGUCAUCGACUACACUACGUCGAGUGUACCUGAAUUGCUUCUGGAUUACGUAUCUGAAGGACAUAAGUUUGACUUGUACAUUGACUGCGUGGGUGGUACGGACAUGUUCGGAACCUGGAAACGCAUAAUCCAAAAACAAGGCGCAUACAUCACCAUCGUCGGCGAUAAGACAAGCCGCACCGUACCCGGUCCACCUCUUACCUACUUUACGUACCCCGCCCAAAUUCUGCGGCACAUGUGGAGUUGGUUUUCUGGGCCGCGCUAUGCAGCUGUCAUCUUGUACAACAAGUCCAAGUAUCUGGAACAGGUAGCAGACUUGGCCGAUAAGGGAGAGGUGAAAGCCGUGGUGCAGGAGGUCAUUGAGGGAAUUUUGGAAGAAGGGAAGGAGAAAAAGGCUUGGGAGCGCGCGAAUGUGCUGCUUGAGGAAGGGAGAAUACGAGGGAAGGUCGUGCUGAAGAUACAAGACUGAAAGGCUGAAGUACAUAGCCGGUAACUAAAGCACCUUGGAUCACGCAUACGGUUUCAUUUUAGUCCUAUGUAGAGAC